AUGGGUCGCAAGGAGGACGACGACAGCAGCUCCUGGAAGAAACAGACGAGCAACAUUCGGAAAACGUUCGUUUUCAUGGAGGCCCUGGGGUCAGGUGCCUUUUCAGAAGUUUUCCUAGUGAAACAAAGAAGCACCGGCAAGCUCUUUGCUCUGAAAUGCAUCAAGAAGUCUCCUCUCACAAGGGAUAGCAGCUUGGAGAAUGAAAUAGCAGUGUUGAAAAAAAUAAAGCACGAAAACAUUGUGACUUUAGAAGACAUUUACGAGAGCACAACGCACUUCUACCUGGUGAUGCAGCUGGUAUCUGGAGGAGAGCUAUUUGACCGAAUUUUGGAACGAGGAGUUUACACCGAGAAAGACGCGAGUGUGGUGAUCCACCAGGUCCUGACAGCAGUGAAGUACCUCCACGAAAACGGAAUAGUUCACCGUGAUUUGAAGCCUGAAAACCUUCUUUACCUUACUCCUGAAGAGAAUUCCAAAAUCAUGAUCACGGACUUCGGCUUGUCUAAAAUGGAGCAGAACGGCAUCAUGUCCACCGCCUGUGGCACUCCGGGAUAUGUUGCCCCUGAAGUCCUCGCCCAGAAGCCAUACAGCAAAGCCGUAGACUGCUGGUCCAUUGGAGUCAUCACCUAUAUCCUGUGA